CUCCUCCUCCAUAUCUGAGCUGUCAUGACGCUGGUCACCGCCACCAUAAUAACUGAGUCAGCCUGUCUACUACGUCGUGGAUCUGCUGCUAUCUUGAUACUACAAUAGCUGUGGAUAAAAUCGGCUGGAGACUCGCAGAGAUGUUCAGGGCUAGCGGAAUUUUGAAGUUGGCAGCGCUCAUCUUUGCGUUCCUCCUCGUUGUCUUUCUGGCUUUUCAGAUACUGGAGAUUAACGUGGAUUUUAAACUGCCUAGUGUGAUAUCAAGGUCCAUGCCAUCAAAUACCAUUCCAACAAACUCAAUCAAGUACAAGUGUGGGCUGUCCAAGGCAUGUCCAGCUGGGCACUUUGCCUUCAAGAUGGCAAGUGGUGCAGCCAGUGUGGUUGGGCCCAGAAUCUGCCUAGAGGACAAACUACUUAUGAGCGGUGUGAAGAACAACGUGGGGAGAGGAAUCAACGUUGCCCUGGUUAAUGGCAAAACAGGGGAUGUUGUCAAAACAGAGUAUUUUGAUAUGUGGGCAGGAGACGUGGCUCCAUUUAUUACAUUCCUGAAGGGAAUUGAAGAUGGGACAAUUGUAAUGAUGGCCUCAUUUGACGAUUCUGCAACAAAACUCAACGAUGAAGCCAGAAAGCUAAUUGCUGAUCUAGGCAGCUCAACUAUCAAUAAUUUGGGUUUUCGUGAUAACUGGAUCUUUGUGGGUGGGAAAGGCAUCAGGACCAAGACUCCAUUUGAGCAGCAUAUAAAGAACAGUGCAGAAACCAACAAAUUUGAAGGCUGGCCUGAGGUGUUGGAGAUGGAAGGCUGCAUACCGCAGAGGCAGGACUGACCCGAGCUCUUGUUUGAAUCUUCGCCCAUUUUUUUGUUCCCUCUCGUCCGCCCGCGUGUUCUUGCCUGUGCUGAUGUUCCUGUCCUGAUGGGUCUUCUUAGUCGUUGCACUUCUUGUGCUCAGAACGGUCACUGUACACCUUUUUACCCAGAUGCCUUUUAUUUGAAUUUGCCCACCAGGACAACAUCUCUCUACAGAAGAUAUUAGCAGGAACAAGGAGCUGAUCUGAUGCUUCGGUCAGAGCAGGAAGUGAAGUGAAGGUUGGACCUUUCUUGCACUUCUCCUUUUUGUUUGGAUGCCAUUGCAUAGAUGCUAAAUGGGGCUUGUUAGUAACCUGCACUGAUCAGAAAGGAUUUAUCUUUAAUUGUUUGCUUUCAAUCAAUUUUUGACCUUUAGGAUUGUGAUAGUGUUGCAUUACGAUAACAUUGAUGGAUCAUCGUAGCCCAGAUUUUUGGGGGGUAGCUAAUUUUUUCCAUUACUUGUAGCUUGCCUUAAAUAAUCUUUUCAUCUUUUUUCCUUUCGUUUUUUUGAUGCUUAUUUUAAAAAGAUUUUUAUAACCAAAUGUACCAAAUUCACUGUGACGUUUGUAAAUAUUUGUUUAGAGAGAGGAGCAGUUUUGAAAUGGCCUAAUUUAAUUAACUUUUUAAUAAUAUUAAUAAUAAUGUUCUUAUAAUAAAUGAUCUUGGCAAUGUU